AUGUCCAACUCAGUGGGAAGUCUACCAGAUGGGACAGUGUACGGACCCCGGAUCGGGAUGACGGAGGACUCCCUCGCCAUCCUGGAGAGAAACAGGGUCUCCGCUGACCCCUGGGACCUGGUGGAGACCAAACCCAACGUGGAGGCCCUGGAGCGCGGCCUGCAGGGCCUCUAUCCCUCGUGCUUCGACAUGUUUCCCACAGAAGAUGCAACGUGGCUGGUGAAGAUUUCAGAGGUCUCCUCGAUGGCGCCCGCACCCAUGACCCACCUGGAGCCCCGGGAGGAGCCGGAGCAGUGCCCUGUCAUCGACAGCCAGGAGCAGGGCCUCUCUCCCGGGCUGCAGGGCCAGGAGGAGGAGCGCUCUUUGGAGCAGGUGCAGAGCAUGGUGGUGGGAGAAGUGCUGAAGGACAUCGAAACGGCCUGCAAGCUGCUCAACAUCACGCCAGACCCCAUCGAGUGGAACACGGGGAACGUGCAGAAGUGGCUGCUGUGGACCGAGCACCUGUACCGGCUGCCCCACGCCGGAAAGUCCUUCCAGGAGCUGACGGGAAAGGACCUGUGUGCCAUGAGCGAGGAGGAGUUCCGCCAGCGGUCGCCGCAGUGUGGCGACACGCUGCACGCACACCUGGACAUAUGGAAGUCAGCUGCCUGGAUGAAAGAGAGAUGUUCAGCUGGAGAAACCAAAACUACAGGCGUGGAGGAGCUUUGGUCUGAGGCCGAUUCGUCCUGUUCCGGUCAGCCUAUUCAUCUGUGGCAGUUCCUCAGGGAGCUGCUGCUCAAACCUCACAGCUACGGACGCUGCAUCCGCUGGCUCAAUAAAGAAAAAGGUAUCUUUAAGAUCGAAGACUCAGCUCACGUGGCGCGGCUGUGGGGACUCAGGAAGAACCGACCGGCCAUGAACUAUGACAAACUGAGCCGCUCCAUACGUCAGUACUACAAGAAGGGAAUCAUCCGCAAGCCUGACGUGUCCCAGAGGCUGGUGUACCAGUUCGUUCACCAGGUGUGA